AUGGCCCCAUUCGAAAAACUCUCGCGAGAGCUGAUAACGAAAAUUGUUGACCAACUCUGCUACAAUUCCGACAUCGUCCUUCCCAGAACCAGGAGGAAUGCCCACAGUCCGCAAAUAAUCCUUUCCCAAAUCUCACACCUCUGGCGACGAGUCGUUCAUUCGACAACCAGCCUGUUCAGCUGCUACGAAAUCUCGCUCUCCCCCAACAUAACGGCCGAGAUGGGGCAGAUGCUCGUUGAUCAGACAGCGCAUUACACGCGCAUCUGGCGCGCUUCCAAAGGGAUCGUCCUCAACGAUUUGGGCGACGGACUCAGAUUCUACUUCGCAUUGACCGGUCCCAACCGCCACUACCGCGACUUCGCAGAUUCGGAAAGCUAUGUCGCCGCAGUGAACAUGAUCUGGACUGUGUUGGAGACACACGGGGUGGACAUGGAGGCGCUCGCAUUUCUGUUGACAGAGCAGGCGAUAGUUCAUUUGGGGAGUCGCGGGAAGCUUGCUCUCUAUCAUUUGGAGGAGCUGGAAAUUAGGAUGUUCAUUGGGCAGCCGAAGGACGAUGACUCGAUCGGGUGGGCAGGAAUAGAGGAGGGUGACGACGAAGACGACCAUCCAGAGGCGCCGGCCGCCAGAUUUAUGUUGCAUCCAUCAGACGAGGACUCGGAGUUGUUCGAGACGAUGGGAGCGCUGACCAAGCUCACAUUCGGUUUCCAAGAGGAGCCGAGACGCGUUUUGGAACUCAUUCAGUGGGCGAUCCCGUAUUUCCAGUUGACGACUUUGGCCUUGCCAAAUGUCUGGCUGCCUUUCUAUGACUGUGUCAAGGUGUUGAGAGAGGCAAUACCGUUGGAGCAUUGUCGAUUGGCCUGUGUAACACCGAUCUUGAGCGACGGAAUUAUCACUGAGUAUUGGGACGCAAAGCAACGCGACCCAGCCCCAUUGGAUAACCUCGAAGAUAUCGAAAUCACGUUCCAAACUACUCUCCACUCGCAUCUCUUUGCGCAUUUCACAUCAUCAAGCCUUUCUCGUAUGCGGCUCAGUACGCUGCCACGACCCGAAGCAGACUGGAAAAAGGAGCCCGAAAUGCCGUGGCUGCAGCACAAUUUCCCCGAUUGGAUCGAAAGCUGUCCGAAUUUGACCACGCUCGAAGUCUACUUCGAGUUUGGCAACGACCCAGAGUCCGAUGAGCGAGACAACAUAGCGAUUCGUCAUGAUGUUGACGCGCUGCAGCAAAUGUUGGCGGCGGCGGCAAACGCAAAUUCGGCCAUCGUCGAGUUGGAUUUGUUCUGGAGACCGUUGCAAGCCUCUGCAGAGUCUAAAUUCGGCGAGCUAUUCGAGCUGAUAACCAAGAGCGACCACCCGACACAUAUCAACGUGGAUGCAACGAUUCGAAGUGUCCGAAUGCUCAAGACGCGACUGGAGGCGGAAGGUUUGAUGCAGAUGGAGGAUAUGGCGCUGUAUACCCCUAAGCGACAGGAUUGUUCGGAGUCAGAAUACGAGGCACUGCAGCAGGAAAUACGCGUGCUGAAAACGGCGCUCAGAGGUAAAAAUAUUCCGCUCAAAGUGGCCGAGGUCGGUGAUCCAAAUGAUGAUGGUCAACCUAAAGGGUGGAAAACCAUUGACAUAGAGGAGGAGGACGAGCAGGGUGAAGGGGAAGGGCAGGAAAAGUAG